AAAUAUAUCACCAUACACAAGAUAUUAAACCAUACAAAUAUAUCGGAUGAUUUUUUUGUCAUAUAAUAAAUGGUAUAAAACAUUUUUUCAUCUACUUUAUUGACAAAAAAUGGAUGUUUGACACUUAAUGUAGUUUGUUUAACACUCUUAGUAUCAUUCAGGCUGUGAUAUUUUGCAAUAAACACGAUAAGGUAGAUUCAUUGGCUAAAGACAUGCGUUUGAAAGCAUUGAAAGUCAUGCAUACAAGAAUGGAUCAAAGUCAACAUGAGAAUAUUCUGUGUCAUUUGUUCUGAUGAUAGUUCUAUACUAAUCACCACUCAUUUGUUAGCUCAAACCAUUGAUGUACAAGUGUCUUUGGUUAUUAAUUAUGAUUUUCCGCUCAAUCAUGAACAUUUUAUUCAGUGGAUUGAUCAUUCAUGGUGUAAGGGGGUUGUUAUUAAUUUCAUCACUAAAGAUGACACAUUAGCAAUGAAAUCUAGGCCUUUUUACAACACUUGUGUGAUGAAAUAAUCCAAUUCAUACUUCUCUUAUUCAGCCAAAAGUAGAUUAUAUGAACCAAGCUAAUAAAUAAUAAUCGUAUGUUAUUAUCAGUAAACAUAUCAACCAAUAGUUUUUUUUUUCAAAAUGCAUUCUCGUUGUCAUUACUGUGAGUCAUUACAUAAGUUAUGAUUACAGCUCAUGAGAAUUUUGUAAAUUUAGAUUUAGUUUUUUGACAUCUAGAUAUUUAAAAUGUUAAUCAUUUUCUCGAAUCUGGAUUAUAGUGAUGUUGUUCAAACAGCAAUAGAUAAUUGUAACAGAACUUAUAAUCAGCUAGAUUGAAUAGAUGAAUAUAGUGAAAGUAGUAAUAGAUAUGGUUACAUAUCAUACGUUUCAUACAAAAUUAAGUAAUAAUUAGAUAAAUUAAAAAUUAAAUUAACUUUUCACAAAUGUCAGUCAAAUUGUGUUAUACUUAUAAUUAUAUUAUAUUUUUUAUCAAUACAAAAUUAAAUGUUAACAGUUUUAUUUAUAUUUGAUUAAAUUGAAAAUAAAGAAUGGAUCAUAAAAGAAUGAUGGGAAUAAAAACUUUUAGUGACAAAACAGGUACGUGUUUUGGUCUUUUCUAUUUUGUAUGUUUAUUAUUGUAGAACAUGAAAUUAUAUUUUAUAUUAUUCUCAUCUUCUAGGAUUACCAAGAAUUUAGUUGGAGAAAUGAAUUUAGUUUAGAUGUUAAAUUGCUAUGGAAUAUUUUGUAGAAACAUAAAGCUUUUUUAUAAAUUGUGUUUUA